AUGUCACUCGACACGGAUUCGGCGCCAGAACUAGACGCGGCCAUGACGGGCCGAAAAGCCCUCGUUGACUUCUUUUGCCGGAGCCUGACGGCGUUCCAAUCUUCAAAGGAUGCGUUUCGCGUUAUUUGCACGCUUCCUCACCGAAAAACCCCCCAGGACGCCAGCGGAGAGGUUAGCAUAACGACACUGGCGCCGGCGCCGCGGAGGCCGGAUUUCAACGCGAAGAAGACAAGGCCGCCGGUGAAGAGUCUUGUCGUGCUGGAUUCCUCGUUUAACCCGCCUACGCUUGCGCAUUUACGGAUGGCGGCGUCUGCGGCGAGAGACUUGCAGAAGAGGAAGGCUACGGCGACGAGGGGCGAUGGAGCUGGAGAAUCGUCAUCAGCGGUGAGGUUGUUGCUUCUCUUGGCUGUGAAUAACGCAGACAAGAAGCCUAAGCCUGCGGCGUUCGAGGUGAGGUUGGGGAUGAUGUAUGCGUUUGCCGAGGAUUUGAGAGACGAGGUGCGGCGCAGGGGGGUAGAUGAGGCCGAGGAGGAGGAGGAGGAGGAUGUUGAGGUCGACUUGGGACUGACGACGAUGCCAUAUUUUCACGAUAAGAGCCAGGCUAUCUCGGACACGGGGUUUUAUGCGCAAGGGGACGGAGGAGGGGAGCCGGAGCAGGUGUAUUUGGCGGGAUAUGAUACGCUCAUCCGGAUCUUUAACCCAAAGUACUAUAAUGCUUCUUCUUCUUCUUCGUCAUCGGGAGAAACAGCAGCGGCGGAGGCAGAGGCGCCGAUUCGAAGGGCACUGGAUCCGUUCUUGAACAGGUCUAGGUUGCGCAUUACGAUGAGAACAGACGAUGAAUGGGGUGGUGAGGGGGAGCAGGUUGCCUACCUCGAGAGUUUGAGGGACGGAGGGCUGGAGGAUGUUGGAGGGCGAGGGACGUGGGCGGAGAGGGUUGAGAUGGUUAGGGGUAGGUAUGAGGGGGAUGAGGUUGUUAGUAGUACCAAGGUGCGGGAGGCUGCUUCUAAGAAAGAUGAGGAGAUUUUGGGGCGGUUGCUUAGUAGGAGGGUGAAGGAGUGGGUGCUUGGCGAGGGGUUGUAUCGUGAGUGA